CUAGCUCGUCAUUCGUAAUGAUUAUUAUCUUCCUUGGUUUCAUGUACUCAUAAGGGUUAAGGAAGUUUACUUUUGCUGUAAACAAGUUAAUAUCACGGACUUAUCAUAUAUUUGCUUGAAUACUUAUUUCAAUUGGAAUGUCUACCAGAGUUGAAGAUUCAGAUUUUGAAAUCUUAACUACAAGUGACGAGGAAACGUUUGAGGUGCCUAGGCGCAGACUUCAACAAGCUUCUGGUGAAAUUUACAUUUAUGAAAGAGAAGACGAGAAAAUGGAAGUGGCUGGGUGCAGGCUUUCUGGGACAGAAGUGGCGCCCGGCAGUGCUUCUGUCGAAGAUAUACGCUUAUUGCUGGUCGGUAAAACUGGACAUGGAAAGAGUGCAACUGCCAACUCCAUUCUUGGAUUGCAAAAAGGACAUGAUGGAAGCUUCUUGGAGGAACUGAGUUCUUUCUCAGUAACGCAAGAUGCUGAACGAAAGAAAGGGCUACGUUUUGGAAGAGUAAUUGAAGUUGUAGAUACUCCCGGCUUUUGUGACACAAAACUUACAGAAAAUCACAUCAGAGAAGCAGUCCUUAAAGCCAUAUCUUUAACAUUGCCUGGAUUCUCAGCAGUUGGUUUUGUGUUGAAGCCAGAACGCUUUUCUGAUGAAUUAGUUAAGGCCGUUAAAUUAUUCAUUGAAAUCUUUGGAGACAAUGUCAAGAAUUUUCUUUUUAUCAUUCUUACACAUAUGCAGGACAAAGAGUCUGCAGACAAGUACUUAGCAAAUUGUCAUGAAUCACUCGAAGAAUUAAAAAGGCUUUGCACUGGAGGGAAAAUUGUUUUGAUUGACAAUGACUGCAAAGAAGAGGGAAAGAAAGAUCAACAGGUACAAAGUAUUAUAGAUGCGAUAGAUAGCAUCAAACGAAGGAAUUGAGAUACUUUCUUUUCAAACCAAUUAAUUGAGGAAGCAAAAAGUUAUGCAUUGGAAUGCAUCCCGAUACAGGCCGUUGAGAAAACUGAUGCAACAUCCGAUGACCAACUUGUAACAAAACGACUGGAAAUGUUCAAAGAAAAAAUUGGAAAUGAUAAAGACGGAGUCUUUUCCGAUUUUCUAAAAUUAAUUCGUGAUAAUAAAACAUCGCUGCUCGGAAUUGCAUUUGUCGUGUCUGUUGGCAUAAUGAAAGUUGGUAAAUGCAGCCUUAUGUAACCUUCUCAAAGAUUGGCAAGGACAAAGUUUCAACCCAGUAUAUAACAUUUGUGAAAUGUAGAACUUGGAUAAAAUUUAUGCUAGGCCAGGUAUUUUAUGUGAAAUAAAUGUGAGUGUGGGCCAGUCAAAUAUUUGCUAUGUUAAACUAACCAUAGUUUAUCGACAUCUUAGGCCUAAUCAUCCGAAGCUGCUAAGCAGGGAAUACUGGAUUCGUGACACAUAUAGAAGAACAAAACCAAGUUUAUUGAUAGUUUAUAUAAUAAACCAUGGCGACUACUG